AAAGCUUAUGGGGAGUCGAUGUCCGACUGCAUGAUCUUCUCACAAUUCAGACACUAAGUGAUUCUUUUAGUUAAACAUAGUUGAAGCAAACCAUUGCCUCGUGUGUGUGUACAUAACUUUGUCAGGGUCCUCAGGUUCCACUGUUAAAGCACUAAUGUAUUAAAUUUAAUACCUGAGGGAAACAUUUCGUCAGCUAAGCGCCGAUAUACUUAUUAAUAAGUGACCAUAGAAAAACGUCCGCGUAACCUGCCCAGGCGGCACGCGCAGCUCCCUGAGGCUCGCGACGGCCCAGUCAGCGGCACGGCCGGUGAACCGCUCCGAUUGGUGCGUUGUGGUGGGCGUUUCCGCGUUGAUUGGUACAUCGUAGUGGGCGUAUCCGCGCUUCGUGCCGAACGGUCACCGCGAGCGCCGCGGAAAGGAAAGCGGAUUUUUUUUUCUCAAGCGGCUUCCACGGGCUGAAGCCAAAGACCAUCCCCGAGGGACAGUUCUUUACACGCCUACAGUCGAGGAUGCCUUAUAUUCUCAUCAGCACUCAGAUCCGACUGGAGACUGGUCCCACAAUGGUCGGUGAUGAGCAUUCUGAUCCAGAGAUUAUGAACUACCUGGGAGCGUCAAAAACAACGAUUUUGGGCAACAACUUUUCUGAGUACCACGUUUCCGAACCGCCCCGGAUGGUUCUGGACAAGUUGGAGAAGAUCGGGUACCGUGUAGUGACCAUGACCGGAGUGGGCCAGACCCUGGUGUGGUGCCUGCACAAGGAGGAGGAGUGACCUGACAUUAGCAGGCCAGUAUUCCCUCUGCAGAGACAAGGACCCAUACAGUCGCAAUGAAGUCCAAGAACCGGCCACCCGUAGGCCGUAACGUCUCUCAUAAUUUUGGAUGGGUGAUGGUAUUUUGUUCAAUUGUAAUCAUCCUUGUUCCUGACUUUACUUUCGGAAUGUGAAAACACAAGGAAGUAUUGCCAUUUGUGAGGUGAUGCAUUAUUUUUAUAAAUGUACAGGCAAUGUGUUAAAUGAAAGAAUGUCAAAAAUGUUUACAACUGUAAAACAUGUCUGUCAGGUGCAGCUUGUGGUUGGAAGGGAACAAUAUACAAUUACAGUUAUA